AUGGUGACCCCCUCCCCGGCCAGCCCUGCAGCCCGGGUUGGGACGCGGGACAGCAGUCGCCACCUCCGCGCCCCGGUGAAGAAGAGCCGGCGCCCGCGCCUCCGGAGGAAGGAGCCGCUGCAGCCCCUGCUCCCGCGCCCGCUCCCCGGGGACUCUGGCGUCGGCGACCUGUCUGAGUCCCCGAGCUCGGGCUCGGACGGCGCCGACAGCCCUGGGGCGUCGGCGGCUUGGGGCUGCAGCCCCCUGCCCGGCCCGGCUCAGUCGUGGACGCCGCUCGAUCUCCAGACCUUCCGUGACUACGGCCCGAGCUGCUACGCCUUCCGCAGGGCGCAGGAGAGCCGCUUCCACCCGCGGGCGUCGCUCGCGCGGCAGCCACAAGUGACGGCCGAGUCUCGCUGUAAGCUGCUCAGCUGGCUGAUCCCCGUGCACCGCCAGUUCGGCCUUUCCUUCGAGUCGCUGUGCCUGGCGGUGAACACUCUGGAUCGCUUCCUCACCACCACGCCGGUGGCUGCAGAUUGCUUCCAGCUGCUUGGAGUCACCUCUCUGCUCAUCGCGUGCAAACAGGUGGAGGUACACCCACCCAGGGUGAAACAGCUCCUGGCCCUGUGCUGCGGCGCCUUCUCCCGGCAGCAGCUCUGCAACCUCGAGUGCAUCGUUCUGCACAAGCUGCACUUCAGCGUGAGCGCGCCCACUAUCAGCUUCUUCCUGGAACAUUUCACUCACGCGCGCGUGGAGGCCGGCCACGCAGAGGUCUCGGAAGCCCUGGAAGCGCAAUCCCUGGCGCGGGCCGUGGCUGAGCUGAGUCUGGCCGACUAUGCCUUUACCAGUUACACCCCCUCCCUGCUGGCCAUCUGCUGCUUGGUGCUGGCGGACCGCAUGCUGCGGCUCCCCCGCCCCGUGGACCUGCACCUGGGCGAGCACCCUGAGGAGGCGCUGCAGGACUGCUUGGGCAAGCUGCAGCUGCUGGUGGCCAUCAACGGCACCUCCCUGACUCACAUGCUGCCCCUCCAGAUCUCCGAGAAGUGCAGCCUGUCUCGAGCUUGAAAUAAAACACACACUCAGGCUCCU